AUGCCAGGCUGGCUCCCUUCAGAGGAAUUCCAUUACGAGUUCUCGGCGGAACGCCAGGCCGAAAUCGUUGAUAUUACCGAACAGAAUGACUGGCUUGCUGAGAUAUGCGAUACGGAGCGAGAAUGGUGGGGAUGUGAGGUGAGAAUUAGAAGACACUUCCAGCGGCUUCUUAUCUCCCUGGGCUAUGCGGCGCAACGUAUGCCCUGUUUGAAAAGCCUGAAAUUUGGUGUCGAGGAGGACGACUAUCGGGUUGCGAAGGCUUGGGGAUUUGACCUGGAUGAUGUGAUUAUCGAUGAUCAAAGCCCGGUAAUUUGUACUCUGAAACUCCCAAACUGGCCGUCUAACGAACCUAAAUCAAGGUUCCUUGAGUAG